AGGAGACUCGGGGGCCAUUUUGUGAAGAGGCGAAGACUGGACGGUUGUUUCCUCGUUGCCGACCUCGAGGAGCAGUCGACUUCUCACAGAACCUGGGAGUAGGAGAUUCGAAUAGAAUCUCUUUUCCCUCCCGCCUUCAGUGAGAUUUUUUUGAUCUUCAGCUACACUUUGUGAGGAGCCAGACUAUCAGACACAAUGGCUAGCAAUGUUACCAACAAGACAGAUCCUCGUUCCAUGAACUCCCGUGUAUUCAUUGGGAAUCUCAAUACCCUUGUGGUCAAGAAGUCUGAUGUGGAAGCAAUCUUCUCGAAGUAUGGGAAAAUUGUGGGCUGCUCUGUUCAUAAGGGUUUCGCCUUUGUGCAGUAUGUUAAUGAGAGAAAUGCUCGAGCUGCUGUAGCAGGCGAGGAUGGCAGAAUGAUUGCUGGCCAGGUUUUAGUUCUGCAUUACAAUUUUUUUACACAAAAUAGGAUGUACAGCUAUCCAGCACGUGUGCCGCCACCGCCUCCUAUUGCUCGGGCUGUGGUGCCCUCUAAACGUCAGCGUGUAUCAGGAAACACCUCACGCAGGGGCAAAAGUGGCUUCAAUUCUAAGAGUGGACAGCGAGGAUCUUCUUCCAAGUCUGGAAAGUUGAAAGGCGAUGAUCUUCAAGCCAUUAAGAAGGAACUGACCCAGAUUAAACAAAAAGUGGAUUCUUUGCUGGACAGCCUGGAAAAAAUUGAAAAGGAGCAGAGCAAACAAGCAGACCUGUCCUUAUCGUCAACAGUCGAAGUGAAGAAUGAGAAGUCAGAAGAAGAACAGAGCAGCAGCUCCCUGAAGAAAGAUGAGACUAAUGUCAAGAUGGAGUCUGAGGGGGGUGCAGAUGAUUCUGCUGAGGAGGGGGACCUACUGGAUGAUGAUGAUAAUGAAGAUCGGGGGGAAGACCAGCUGGAGUUGAUCAAGGAUGAUGAAAAAGAGGCUGAGGAAGGAGAGGAUGACAGAGACAGCGCCAAUGGCGAGGAUGACUCUUAAGCACAUAGUGGGGCUUAGGGAUCUUAUCCCAUUAUUUCUUUACCUAGGCGCAUGUCUUAAGAUCAAAAUUUCACCAGAUCCUCUCCCCUAGUAUCUUCAGCACAUGCUCACUGUUCUCCCUAUCCUUGUCCUUCCCAUGUUCAUUAAUUCAUAUUGCCCUGUGCCUAGUUCCAUUUUCACUUCCUUUGAUGCUCCUGAUAGUUUUGUUAAGUCUUACCCUGUAAUUUUUGCUUUUAAUUUUGAUACCUCUUUAUGACUUAACAAUAAAAAGGAUGUAUGGUUUUUAUCAACUGUC